AUGUGUCGGCCCUAUGGUUCUGAUCGUCAAAGUGAAGUAAGCGUUGUGCGACAGACGCUGAAGAAAGAAAUGGGUCUCACAAUUGCCGAGUUAAAUAACGAUCAGGCUCAGCUCGAGGGCGGUGACGUCCUUUUUACCGGUCAGGAAAUCAUAGUUGGCAUUUCAACCCAUACAAACGAGGCAGGUGCCCAAUCCGUGGCAAGGGCCUUUCCUGAGUACCCGACAACAAUUGUGGCUGUGCCUUCUCCUUUAACUUGUUUGAAAGAUGCGGUUUGUAUGGCCGGUGUCAACGUCAUGGCUGUUGGAAACAGUGACGCCGCACGCAGAAUUUUUAAGUCGAUUGGUGAGGUUGCUUCAAGCAAUUACAAGGUCCUUUAUCUUGCUGAACCCAUUGCGGCCAGUUUGCUUUACGUUAAUGGAUGUCUAAUGCACUAUGACCAGACCAUGAUUCCCGAAACCUGCCAGCUCUUCGAAAACAAAAUUGAUUACCCCCGCUAUCCACUGAGCCUACCGGUCUUGCACAAUCACGGAGCCCCAUUGCAUAAAUUGGCUCUUCUCUCUGGGAGGGUGCGCAAUCAACGACACAUUGUCUCUACCAUGCCCUAA